GGCGACAAAACUCCCCCUUGUUGGCGGCCACGAAGGUGCAGGCGUCGUCGUAGCAAGAGGCGAGCUCGUCCAUGACGUUCAGGUAAGCAAUCCCGCUUCGCUGCAACCUUCACGCCGAGUGGUAAACCAACAACGUCUCAUCACCAGAUUGGAGACCAUGUCGGCGUCAAAUGGCUCAACGGCUCCUGCCUCGCCUGCGACUUCUGCAUGCAGGCCGACGAACCCCUCUGCCCAAAGGCUCUGCUCUCCGGCUACACCGUAGACGGUUCGUUCCAACAGUAUUGCAUCGCCAAGGCGGCGCAUGUCGCCCGCAUUCCCAAGGAGGUUUCCCUCGAUGGAGUGGCGCCUGUCCUCUGCGCCGGCAUCACUGUCUACAAGGGAUUGAAAGAGUCGGGCGCGAGACCGGGCGAGACCGUCGCCAUUGUCGGUGCCGGCGGUGGGCUGGGCAGUCUGGCACAGCAAUAUGCAAAGGCCAUGGGCCUCAAUGUCAUCGCCAUUGAUACCGGCGAGGACAAACGGAAGAUGUGCCUGGAGCAACUGGGCGCCUCCGCCUACGUCGAUUUCGCCAAGAGCAGCAACGUCGUCGAGGACGUACGGAACGCGACCGAGGAUAAGACCGGUCCCCAUGCCGUUCUCCUCCUCGCCGUCACAGAGAAGCCCUUCCAGCAAGCCGCCGAGUACGUCAGGCCAAGGGGCAGCGUCAUCGCCAUCGGCAUGCCUGCCGGCGCCUAUCUGCGCGCACCCGUCUUUGGCACCGUCGUCAAGAUGAUCUCCAUUAAGGGCUCGUACGUCGGUAACCGCAAGGAUACCGCCGAGGCCAUUGAGUUCUAUCGUCGCGGACUCAUCAACGCCCCCUUCAAGGUUGCCGGUCUGAGCGAGCUGCAGUCUGUCUUUGAUAAGAUGGAAAGGGGCGAGAUCGCCGGGAGAUAUGUGCUGGAUACUUCGCGCUAGAUGAGGCGAUAUCGGGGCGUGCUUUGGUGUUUGGCGUUUGAUAGAGGCGGUGCUGGGCUGCUAAAACGGCGGCAUGCUUGAUGAAUUGAUGAUGACGAGGGAAAAGGCGUGGAUACCGCCUGUGAUGGAAGUGCGGAUUGGCGGGAUUUCUGACCGACUCUGAUAGACUGCUGCGUCGGUAAUGGAAAUGUAAUAUGCAAUGUUCAGAAGUAGAGCUUGAAAAACAGUGCUUGAUACAACCUUGCCGCAGUAUGCCAAUCCUUUCGACAAUCA